UUUAUGUAGUUUAGAUUUUGGUGUCAGUGAAUACGGAGUAGUUUGAUUUACUUACAAAUAAUUUAUAGUUCAGUGAAAAAAUAUGUUCUAGCAGACCAAGGUACCUACACCUUGAUCGUGUUUAAGUGACCCAAAAUAUUUUUUGAGGUGAAAGUUUUUGUUGGCAAAAGCAGAAAGGUGUGUGUUCAAUAAAUAUUCUACAUCAAAUAAGUGCUGUUAUUUUAAAUAAUGCAAGACAAUUCCUGGUACCGGGCUACUGGUCACCCAUUUAAGGACCCCAUUCUAGUUAUAAUCACCUUUGCUGCUAUUAUAGGAUCGUUUUCGUUGCUGUGCGGUUUUGUGUUGCUGUGCAUGGUUUCGAAAACUCUUAAUAACGAAGUUUCUGAAGCAGUUCUUCUAGUUGGAAUGGGUUUUUUUAUAACAUCCAUGUCGUACGUGACUUGGAAAAUCACCAACAAAAGACGAAUUGAACAAAUGAUUCUGGCCAUGAAGGAAGACAUGGACAUCGUAGUUUGAAAAGAUCCUCUUAUAACACAUACAUUGCCUAUAUUCACAUAAUAUCCUCUCUUUCACAUACAUAUAGAAAAUAUUUAUUUAAUUUAUUUACUUAGCUAAUAUUUCGAAUAAAAGACUGAUAUUUUUUUGUUAAACGA